AUGACACCCACAAAUCGAGAAAUGGUCCAAAUUUUUUUUUUUUUCCAGAAUCGAUUUCGACGAAAAACCCUAGAAAAUUCCAGUUUUGAUGAUGGAUUUGUUCCCUUUUCUGAAACCAGUAUAGAUCUGGAUGCCUCGCCUAAGGAAAGGCUGGAGCUUGCUGUGUCUGUGAUGAAUGAUCCUACUUUCCGUGAAGUUGAAAUCAUUGUUCGUGUUAUGUCUCAGUCUAAUCUUGUUUCCUAUAAAAGGCCCUACAAUGAUCGCUUUUACACUUCAAGUCGUGGCGAUUUUGCUCAAGGAGAGCUUGGAUUAGGAUUGUUUCCUCAACCUUAG